AAGUUAGUUGAAUAAAACCAGAUCGCUGUCUUCCUCUAUCGCGCACGUGGACACACCCGUGCGCAUGCGUGAGAUGCGAUGAGAACAUGGCCGUGUCGCUGAGACGAGUUGAUGUCCAAAUGCACGGAAAGGAGGAUGGAGACGAGGACGAGCAGCGCGCGGGCAGAUCAGACAGUGGCAGCGGUGAGGAUUCCCUUGAUGGCCUUUUGAGGGGCACAUGCCCUUUGACCCCAUCUCUGUCUCCACGAAAGAGGACCACCAGUCAGAGUAAAACUGAACCACCUCUUCUAAGGACCAAUAAAAGGACCAUCUACACAGCGGGACGUCCUCCCUGGUACAACGUCACAGGGACCAGCUUUAAAGAGGCAUUUGUUAUAGGUCUGUGUGGAGGCAGCGCGUCAGGGAAAACCACAGUGGCCAAUAAGAUCAUCGAGGCUCUGGAUGUUCCAUGGGUUGUCCUGCUCUCCAUGGACUCUUUCUAUAAGGUGUUGAGCAAAGACCAGCAGGAACUGGCAGCCAGGAACGAGUACAACUUCGAUCAUCCUGAUGCUUUUGACUUUGAGUUGCUCAUAACAGUUCUGAGGAAACUGAAAAAGGGCAAAAGUAUUAAAGUGCCAGUUUAUGACUUUACCACACACUCGCGCCGCAAAGAGUGGAAAACUGUCUAUGGAGCCAAUGUUGUCAUAUUUGAGGGAAUUCUGGCAUUUGCAAAUAAAGAACUUUUAAAGCUGUUGGACAUGAAAGUGUUUGUGGAUACGGACUCAGACAUCCGGCUGGUCAGGCGGCUGAAAAGGGAUAUCUCUGAGCGAGGUCGUGACAUUGGGGGUGUUAUUAAGCAGUACAACAAGUAUGUGAAACCGGCCUUCGAGCAGUACAUCGAGCCCACGGUCCAGGUCGCAGACAUCGUGGUCCCAAGAGGUGGAGACAACUUUGUAGCGUUGGAGUUGAUUGUGCAGCAUGUCCACAGCCAGCUUGAAAAGAGGAAACUCCGCUGGGAUAUAUCUGCCUUGGCUUCAGCGCACCAGGGUCAGCCUUUACCCAAGACCCUCAGCGUGAUGGAAAGCACACCUCAGGUGCGGGGAAUGCACACCAUAAUCAGGAACAGGGAGACUAACCGAGACGAGUUUAUUUUCUACUCGAAGAGAUUGAUGAGGCUCCUUAUCGAGCACGCCCUUUCCUUCUUACCCCUAAAGCCUGUGUCUGUUGAAACACCUCAAGGGUCAGUAUACGAGGGGAAGAGACUCAGUGGGAAAAGGAUCACCGGAGUGUCCAUUCUGCGUGCAGGAGAGACGAUGGAGCAGGCCUUGAUGGCCGUAUGUAAAGACAUUCGCCUGGGAAAAAUUCUCAUCCAGACAAACCACAACACGGGCGAGCCUGAGCUCCACUACCUGCGCUUGCCGAAGGACAUCAGUGAGGACUAUGUGAUUCUGAUGGACAGCACAGUGUCCACAGGGGCAGCUGCUCUCAUGGCUAUUCGAGUGUUACUGGACCAUGACGUUGAGGAGGACAAGAUCUUCCUGCUGUCUCUGUUGAUGGCCGAGAUGGGAGUUCACUCUGUAGCCUACGCUUUCCCUAAAGUGCGCAUCAUCACCACAGCCGUGGACAAGAAGGUCAACGACGAGUUUCACAUCAUCCCAGGCAUUGGAAACUUUGGGGACCGUUAUUUUGGAACGGACGGUCCUUCAGACUGGAACGAAAAUGAAGAAGGGAUGGAUUACUAAGUUGAUAGAGAAGAGGUAUCAGGAUCAAAACAUUGAUGUGUGGGAAAAAAAAAGCUGCUUAUUUUCUGCCACAUGCCAUAAUGCACUCUUCAGGUCAGGGUGGGUUUCAGCCCUAGAAUUUUUCAACUGUAAUGUUUUUAGUUUUUAAACCGCAGCAUUGUGUUUAACAGAAUGUAAGAUUAGUAAAUCUUUUGUCACAAGAAUCAAGAGUGAUAUUAUGCCAACGGUCAGUUUCUUAAUUCACUGGAGAAAGUAAUGGCCAAAACAAUUUUUACUUUAUUUAUUUUGAAUUUUUUUGGUAGAAUAACUGAACUUGUGUUCAAUCCACAAACAAUAUUCUUAUUAACAAUGCGUUUCACAUGCUUGAAUUUCAGGAGGUUGAGUCGUCGCUGAGUUUGUACUGUAGAUGAGUAAAUGACUUUUAAUUGCGUGUUAAAAUAUUAAUGUGUGUGAGUGUUUGUGGAAA